CCAUAUAUCUGCGCCGUGUCACCCAAGCUCCAUCGUGGGUUUUUCUUCACUCUUACGCCGGAUGCUUCGGUGCCCUCUGCGUCCAGUGCGCACGUGGUUUGGCGGCUCUUAGGGUUGCCACCUGUAGCCGGCCAAGUUACCCUGCUGGCGAGGGACAUGAACUAUAUAUUGCUCACUGGACCCUUCGGAGUGAAGAGGAGUUAUAUCGAAACGCUAUUCACACGCGUUCUAGGGGUAUGCAAAGUGAUACAAAAGGCGACUGCGCUGCACCCCGCAAUCAUCGCAUCGCUUUCGAGACUCCAGUUCUGCAUAUACGAGGCACCAAGUGUGCCGUCGUGUGAUGUGUGUGUUGGACCUCGCGACAAGAUGAAGGUGAUCAUGACGCCACCAUUGACGGAUGAGGAGGAUAUGCCGGCCAAGAGAAGGAAGGUGCAUGUUAACGACGCUGAAGUCGACGACGACGAGGUCAGCCUCAGCCUGCUGCUCGACAACUACGCACCACUCUCCAAUUUGCCAACACCGCCAAUAUCAAAGGAAGUUUCGCCUAGAGAAACUUCCUCUGACGAGGCUGGUGCUGACCCUGACAUGACAUACAAAGAGCCUGCAAAUUACCUAGCGGACGUCAUACGGAUCAGGGAGAAGUGUGUACCGGCAAUGAAAGUCUCCCGUAUUGAAAAGAUGCUACGCCGAGCUUGCCUGGACCAUCAGACAAUCGCCUUCGCAGCAUGCAUUCUUAACCGCUUAUCGUGGCGCUUCGUAAGGGACUGGAAGAACGAGCUACUUGCUCGUCAAGCUUCGGGCAUCACAGAGUCAGAGGUCAUCGUACUCGCAGCACUGUACAUGGCCAGCUCGUGGCUGAACGACCGGCCGCGAUCCGUGCGGUACUGGCUCCAAGAUGUUGGCAGCUGCCUGACUACGAGGGACGCAUUUCUGGCCAGUCAGAUCUGCAUCCUCAAUGAUCCAUCCACCAACCUGAUGCAAAUUGGUUGCCAGGAAGUGGAGGAGAUGAUGGAGGAUCUGGGCUUGUUGGGGAUCAAUGUUGAAGGCGUUGCUUGAAGGAUAUUCUUAACCAUGCUGUGGGCAUCGGUGGGUUUCCGCAACUUCUGUUUUCGAGCUCUGAUCCUCCGUCCUUUUCUUUUGCUUUUUUGCAUUUCGCAGUUAGUCGCAUUGCUUUGGCUGUCUCCGCGGCGCGGUCGAGCGCAAGUCUUGUCAGAUACCCUUUGCUCGCUAUCAUGCGAGUAGCAGAAUUAUUUUCGAAUUUACUUGAUAGUGGUUUUGCUAUAUUCAUGGAAAAAUGAAAAAUCAAGUUGAAAGCCCAUACGACGGCUCUACUUACC